CCAGCUGUUACAACCGAUCGCAUCCGGGUCACCCGGCCUCUCUUCAAUCGGCCACUUGCCCUCCACUCACUGACAUGAAAAACGGCCGGAGCUUGGGCUGGGCAGGCACCCAGCUGCUCCGCUGGUUGCCGCCGCCAUCGUCGAGCCACCGGCCCAGAGCCAUCUCGACGUCCGGAACGCAGGCCGUCAUCUGGAACCCCACCUCCAAGCUCGCAUCACAUCGCCCGAUGGUCUCGGGGGCAUCCAAGCAUGCAUCAACCGUGCCGGAUGGCCGGCCCCUCUAUCCCCUGAGUCCUGCACCCACACCCGCACCCGCACCCGCACCCGCACCUGCUCAAGCGGUGCCGACAGCAUCACCAACGCCCUCAACCAGGCCGGCGUCGUCAGUUGUCUCGCAAGAUCUGAAGAAUCUCAGUCAGGAGAUCAAGAGAUUUGCGCAGCUCACCAAAGUCUCCGCCCAAAAACCUGAAGCCCUCAAGGAUGCGAACAAGAUCCUGGACGUUGCGCUCUCGGAUGAUCAACAAGAACUGCUCGAUCUUAUGAAGAGUGGACAGAGCGUCUACUUCUCAGGCAAAGCAGGGACAGGAAAGACCCUGGUUCUCAAAAAGUUCAUCGAAUAUGCCCAGCAGAACGGUUUGCGGGUCGCCGUGACGGCACCUACGGGGAUCGCGGCAACGCAUGUGGGUAUUGCAAGGCUGCCGCCUUCAGUGCACCACACCACCGUGCUGAUCUCCAACGACCAACGAGCUGGUCGUUUCUGUGGAUCCAUAGCACUACCCGAAUCUGCAGCAUAGUCUGCGCCCGUAGAUUGCUUGCACAUACGCAUCCGUGUCCACUCGCAUCAUCCGACAGUAACACGUUUGUGGCCAUCGAUCCUCCAGCUCGGUGGGCAGACGUUGCACUCCUUCACCAGCAUCAGCCCGGGA